AGAGAGAGAGAGAGAGAACGAGAGGAGUAAAACGAAACAAAACAAAAACAGAGGAUGAUCGCGAAAUCAUCAUCCUAAAACCUUCGAGAAAUUCUGUGUAAAUUUUUGUUUGUUGACUUCUCCAUUGUAGAGGUAGCUAUCCUUCUGAAUCAGAUCCGUGAAAGGAUUGUCUGAGAGAUGGUGGUCAAGAGGAGGUUAAACUGUGGCUUUGAUUUCUCCAGUGUUCCCAAGGCUCCUCGUUCAACCAGGAUGAAGGUCUCAAGUAAGAGAGAUGACGUUGACAGUCAGCUCACUGCCUUUGAUUUGCUCGCUUCUCUUGCUGGAAAGCUACUGGAAGAAAGCGAAAGUUCCUCAACGUCGACGUAUGGGGAUAGUCAAGAGGAUCAUCAUCUGGUUGUAAAGAUCAAACAAGAAAAUGUCUAUAAUAAUAAGCCUUGUAAAUCUGAGCUUUCCCAUCAUGGAAACCUUUCCUCAAAGUCGCCUAGUGAUAACACUAGCGAGACGUGUUUGCAAGUUUCCUCUUUGGAAAAUGAUUGCGUUUUGGAGCAGGCACCUGUUUCUGAUUGUAGUAAGAUAGCUCUUGGUCUGAAGCAGCCCCUUGUAGGUUGUGGAAACAAGAAAGAAGAUUGUGCUGUCCAUGUUGAACAAGGAGAAGCGACCAAUGGCUUGAUGAUCCCUGAUACUAUCAGCUUAAAGGAUCCAAGCCACGAAUCAGUCCACCUGGAUGGUGUCCUUAAUGGUUCUUUGGGAGGAUAUAUGAAUCAAUCUAAGUUAGUUUGCAGAGAUGAUGAUGACGAAAACUAUUGUAAAUUCUUUAAAUUUAGUGACAAAUGUAAUAAGUCAUAUAGGCCUAUGACUCGUGUUGGACAUCGAAGAAUCAAGAAGUCAAAAUACGGUAGAGCAUUCCCCAGAUCGAAAUGCUUUGAAGACACUAGAACAGAUGGUUGUUUAAAGGCUCUAUACCGCAAGAGAAAACUAUGUUAUGGCUACAACCAAUGGAAGCAUGAGACAGUUCAUAGGAAGAGAAGAUUGUCUGACAAAGGGUUAGUAGUUACUUCUGAUGGAGGACUCAGUAGCGAAAGUGUUACCAAUUCACCUCAGAAGGGAGAGUCAGUAAAGUUCAGCAUCAAGUCCUUUAGAAUUCCGGAGCUUUUUAUCGAAGUUCCGGAAACAGCAACAGUAGGCUCACUCAAGAGGACGGUGAUGGAGGCUGUCACUGCUUUACUCGGUGAUGGGAUACAUAUUGGGGUGUUAGUCCAAGGGAAGAAGGUUAGAGAUGACAACAACACUCUCUCACAGACUGGUCUCUCGUGUAGAGAGAAUCUAGACAACCUUGGCUUUACCUUGGAGCCUGGUUCCUCUAAAAAUCCUGUCAAUAUUAUGCCAACUGAUUCAACAAAUUUGUCAGAAAGGUCCGCAGCUUCUCUAGAGUUAGAUUCUAGAAUCCCUCUCUGUCUCCAAGAUGCUGAUCACGUGAUUAAUUAUGGAACAUGUGUGGAGUAUAGCCAGGAGUUAGUUCCAUAUCAGAGUGACAUAACAGCUGAUGAACAACAACAAGCUUCAUCCGAUUCAAGAGCUAUAGUUCCAGUUCCACCAUUGGAACCAGAGGCUCUUGCAAUCGUCCCACUUAACGAGAAACCUAAGCGUACAGAGAUUUCACAGCGCAGGACCAGGAGACCAUUCUCUGUUACCGAGGUAGAAGCUCUAGUGCAUGCAGUUGAGGAGCUUGGGACCGGAAGAUGGCGUGAUGUGAAACUGCGUUCUUUUGAUGAUGCAAGUCAUCGAACCUACGUGGACUUGAAGGAUAAAUGGAAAACUCUUGUUCACACGGCGAGUAUAUCACCGCAGCAGCGAAGAGGACAACCAGUGCCUCAAGAACUGCUAGAUAGAGUCUUGGCAGCACAUAGGUAUUGGUCACAGCACCAAGUGAAACAGAACGGGAAACUUCAAGCGGCUGCAAUGAUGGUGGUUGAAUGAAUCAGGUUUGUCAAUGUAAAGAUGGGAGAAAGGUAAUUACAAUAACUUUCACUUGAAGACUAAGGAAUCAUUGUGGGGGCAACUGUACAAAAGGCAAAACAACAGAAGCAUAGUUUGAUUCUUUUUAUCCAACUGGAGUUUUUAAGCUGCCAGAAACAAGUACUUUUGGUUACUUGUAAGUUACUUCUGUUCAUUUCAUUUUCUAAUUGAUUUGAUUCUGUAAUAUAGUAUUGGUGGUAGGUCCCUUGAAUACAUUCUUUUAUUUA